AUGGGCGCAAUGGGCGCGAUCGGCGCCAUGUCCGCAAUAGGCGCAACGGGCGGAACGGGCGCAAUGGGCGGAACGGGCGGAACGGGCGCAAUGGGCGGAACGGGCGCAAUAGGCGGAACGGGCGCAAUGGGCGGGGGUCCUGGCGCUGUGUACUACUAUCCCUACCGCGCAUGGCGACCGGGCGACGAGCGAUUCGCGCCUCAAUUCUCCUCUCGCGAAGGACACCUUGCGCCCGCGCGCGCAGCGCCUCCGUCCGCGCAUGUGCCGCCAAUGCACGUGCAGCCUUUUCCGCCCGUUGCGCCAGUCACUCCCGCCUCGCCCUCCCGCGCGCCUCCACCUGCUGUGUCCGCAUCGCGCGACGGUGCGCUAUUCGCUGCGCCGGCGUGCUGUGCCCCCGCUUCCGCGACCUCCGCGCGCUGCUCGCCCCGCGAGCUAUAUGCGCAGCCCGCUCCGCACAUGGGGGGCGAUCUACCCGCCGCCUUCCCCUACUAUCCCUACCCUCCUUUUUCCGCCGCGUCCGCGCUGCCGCCCGCGGGGAUGCCGCCGUGCGGAGUGGCGGGGUGCUACGACUGGGCGUGCAGGCGCUGGCAGGGGGGCGCGGGCGCGCCCAUGCCCCUUCCGCCUCCCGCGCCUCCGCCGCUUCCGCCGCCGCUGCCCGCGUGCUGCUACCCUGUGAACGGCAGCCGCGCGUGCGGUAACUUGCAUGCGGAGGGCGGUGCUUUGGACGGCGCCGUGGGCGCGCCGAUGAGCGGGCUGGCGUAUGGGAGGUUCGCGCAGCAGUUCGGCGCGCAUCAGUUGGGCGCGCAGCAGCAGCAGCCGCCGCUGCAGCAGCAGCGCAGCGCAGUGGUGAUGGCGCAGCAGCAGCAGGCAGUGGCGCAAGGCGGGGAAGUGUGGGGCACGGAGUGGCGUGAAGAGGAGCAGCAGGCGAGGAAGGCGGAAGUGAUGGGAAGGACAGGAGUGGAUAAUCAUGCGAUGGCGCUGCUUGGAGGACUGGCAGCAGGCGCGGCAGCAGGUGCAGCAGGAUGGAAAGACGAGGAGCACUUGAGUGCGAUGCAGUGGACAAGCAACAUAGAGCCGUUUCCUCGCUCGUUCACUCCUGCUCCUGCCCCUGCUGAUGCUUCUGCUGCUUCGAGUGCGCCAGGGCCCGUGUCAGGAGUUGCAACGGCAGCGGCAGGCAUUGGAGAAAGAACCUCAGCAGGAGAAGCUCUCUUGCACCCGCCGACAGCAGCAACAGCAACAGCAGCAGGGGCGCGGGUGCAAUCACCACCAUCUGCAGUUAUGCGUGCGGUCUCACCACGUGCUGAAGCAGCAGCAACAGCAGGACCAGAAGCAGCAGUAGGAGGGGAGGCCGGCACUCUCGCAGCAGCAACGACAGCAGCGACAACUGUUACAACGUGCGGUUACCGUGGGGUGCGGCAGCGGCCGUGGGGCAAGUGGGCGGCGGAGAUCCGCGAUCACACGCGCGGGGUGCGCGUGUGGCUGGGCACGUACGACUCUGCUGACGUCGCUGCCCGCGCCUACGAUGCUGCUGCACGUGCCAUCCGCGGGCCUCGUGCCAAGACCAAUUUCGCCCCGCUUGGGGAAGAGGGCGGGGGUGUGGGAGAGGAUGGGAGUGGCGGGAGUGGUGGUGGUGGUGGUGGUGGUGGUGGUGGUGGUGAUGGUGGAGGUGGGGAUGCUGAUGGUGGUGCCAGUGGUGCCGGUAGUGGUGGUGCGGGGGGGAGUGACGGGGUCGGCAACAGCAGCAGCAGCAGUGGUGUGUGCAGCGGUGGAACUGCUGCUCCUUCUUUCGCACCUGCUCCGGCUGCUGCUACCGCUGCUCCCACUUCUCUUCUUCCCCCUCCUUCCCCUGCUCCUGCUGCUGCUCCUGCUCCUGCUGCUGUUGCUGGUGCUGGUGUCUCAGCUGGAAAAGCGGCGCUGGCCGGUGUUUCUGUUACAUGUCCUAUCAUCACCGGUGCUGCUGCCCGCACGACUCGUUCCACCACAGGCAAAACGGCAGCAGCAGCAGCAGCAGGCAUUGUAGGAUCAGAAGUGGUCACUGGCACUCGCGCUGAUGAUGCCACGUCUGCGGCUACUGCUGCCGCCGUUGCUGGCGCUGGUGCUGGUGCUGCUGGUGCUGGCGCUGGUGCUGGUGCUGCUGGUGCUGGUGCUGGUGCUGGUGCCGGCGGUGGUGGUGGUGUGGGCGUGGCGGCGUCUGCGUGUGUGCAAGAUCUCGACGACAUCUCCUGUGCGCUCUUUGGUAGCGGUGGUGGUGGCGGCGAUGACGACAGCGACGAGGGCCUGCUGCUGCUGCACGGGGACCUGUGCCUGGACGCAUUCGACCUGCACCACAUGGACUUGGAGCACCUCCAUGGCAUGCCUGGCAUGGCACAACUUGAUGACGAUCUCAAUGACCUGGAUGAGUCGAGUCGGGAGGACGAGGAGCAGCAGGCGGACAGGGAGGGGUAUGUGGGAGAGGAGGAGGGAGGGGAAGGGGGAGAGGAAGGGGGAGAGGAAGGGGGAGAGGGGGUGGAUCUGGAGCUUCUGGGCGAUGAGUUGGAGAGGGGGUUUGUGCUGGAUGAUGCUGAUUUCGACCUGACUCUGGAGUUUGAGCAGGAGACCAUGGCACUGGAUGAUGCUGACGAGAAGGGGGAGGAAUCCCAAGGGAAGCACCAUGCAGACACGCGGCAAGGCGUGGUAAACGCUUCUGGUGCCGCUGGUGCGUCGCUGGGGAUGGGUGUGGAGGUGAGAGGAGGGGACGGUGGGGAGGAGGAGGAGGACUUAAUGGGGGGGGAGUUGGAGUUGUUGGAGGGGUUGGACUGUGAGGGCAUGUCGUUCAACUUCAUGGCUGAGAUUGACAGCGUGCUUCUGCUGCACGACCCCUGCGCUCUUGAGGCUGCUGUUGAUGCUGCUGGCGCUGCUGGUGCUGGUGCUGGUGCUGGUGUUGGUGGUGCCGGUGGUGGUUCUGGUGCUGCUGGUGGUGGCGGUGGUGCUGGUGGUAGUGAGAGGGUUGCUGAGUUUACUGCGCAGCCGGAGAGGCACAGCAGGGCGAGAGAGGGGGAGGACCAUGGCAGUGGGUAUCGCAGCAGGUUUGAGAGGAGCAGGAAGGCAGAGGGAAGCAGUGAGAUGGGAAGGAAGAAGAGCAAGAGUCGCAAGCACAAGAAGCAGCACAGCAGCAGCUCGUUCAAGGCCAAAAGAUCGCAGCCGUUCAAUCCAUCUCACCUUCACAGCAACACCGGCACCCCGCGUCCUCUGCACCAAUCUCGCAGGCCUUCCUUCCUCCCGGCACCACUUCUCCGUCCCACACAGUUCCUCAUGGCUUCUGGGGUGGAAGACCCCAGCAGCAGCAUCAGCGGCACCACCACCACCACCACCUCCAGUGAUAACAGCAGUACCCUGGCCAUGGGGGGGAGUGGUGACGUCGCUGCGCCCUCCUCCUCAGGCCCCGCCUCCCCCCCUGCGACCAUCCCCCAUGCGCCAGCCGCGUUUGGCUCCCCCUCCGCCGCCGCCCAACCCCCCCCUGGCGCAGCUGCUGCCUCCCCUUCUGGCGCUAACGUGCGUUCCUCCCCGUCCUCCGCCGCUGCUGCAGCAGCCACCAUUGCGAAGCUAUCGAUCGGCCCCACGCCUCUGAUGCUCCCUGCCACAGCCGCUCGUGGGAAUAUCCCUGAGUCCCCGGGCCCGUCCUUUGGGGUGGCGCCUUCCCCGGGUGUGCCUGCCUUCGCCCCGCCCUUUGGAGCUAAGUUUACUGAUAGGGGCGGGAGUGUGAGCGCGGGUGGCGCAGGGGGAGGGGGGGGGAGGGCGGAAGGGGGAGGAGGAGGAAGCAGUGGGGUGAGAGUGGGGGGAGAAGGAGGUGAAACGGGUGGUGGAGGCGGCGCGGGAGGAGGGGGAGGAAGGGGGGGAAAACAGCAAGGGAGAACAGCAGGAGGCAGAGGUGUGAGGGGGAUGGAGGGAGUGAAGGAGGACGAGGCUGAGGGGCGAGAUGUGGAAGCGGUUGCUGCUGCUGCUGCUGCUGCUGCUACUGCUGGGGUUGGUGGCGGCGGGGGUGGUGCAGGCGGUGGGGUUACUGAAUCAGGCGGGGGUGGUUGCCUCGAUUUGAGAUCCAUUGUGGCCAUCUCCCCGGCCUACGCGCGCAACGCGCUCGUUCUGUCGCUCCUUCUGGCGAUCACGACUACGAUCACCGCUAUCCACGCGCUUUCGGAUCCGCAUGAUCUCCGGCAUUCCGCCUCGCCCGCGAGCGACUCCCCCGCCUCCACCGCCCCUCCGGCGUCUUCCGCUUCCGCCGCCGCACCCAACGCUUCAUUCUCCUCCACUCCAAUCCCUUCCUCCCUGCUCGCGGCGCUAGAUCCAGUCGCGCGACUCGCGAAAACCGCGUCGCGGUCUCUCGCGUCGCUCUACCCGCCCACACCCGACGCUAAGACGCUCGAACCAGGCAGUCCGGCGUAUCUAGACCUAUUCGUGCAGGAAACGAGCUUCUACAACCGUCUCGUACUCUCCUUCCUCCCCUCCUCCUUCGUCUCCGCGCUCCCGCACUUCCCGCAAACCUGGCUCCGCAACUACGUCGCGGGCUGCCUCCUGUAUCUCAUCGGAUCGGGGCUAUGGAGCCUCGUGGUUUACUCGCUCUUUGGCUGGUUCCUCUAUUCGGGCCCCGACGACAUCCCGUCUCUUAAAGCCAUGUGGCGGCAGAUCGCCGUGUCGAUGCGCGCGAUGCCGCUCUACACGCUCCUGCCGACCAUCUCGGAGCGGCUCGUCGAGACCGGCUGGACGCGCUGCUACAGCCAGAUCCGCGAGACGGCCGCGCCGCGCUACAUCCUGGGGCUGCUGCUGUACAUGCUGAUCGUGGAGUUCGGCAUCUACUGGGCGCACCGCCUGCUGCACGAUAUCAAGCCGCUCUACACGCACCUGCACGCGAUCCACCACAUCUACAACAAGCAGAACACGCUCUCGCCCUUCGCAGGCCUGGCGUUCCAUCCGCUAGACGGCAUCAUCCAGGCCCUCCCACACGUGCUCUCCCUCUUCCUCGUCCCCACGCACUUCACCACGCACCUGCUGCUGCUCUUCGCGGAGGGCAUCUGGACCACCAACAUCCACGACAACCUGCACGGCAACGUGCUCUUCAUCAUGGGCGCCAAGUACCACACCAUUCACCACACCACGUACCGGCACAACUACGGGCAUUAUACUGUGCUGUUUGACUGGCUGUUUGGGACCCUGCACUCGCCUGAGGAGUAUGAGGAGGAGCGGCGGCGGGUGAAGGGGAAGGCAAAGGUGGUGGAGGGGGAGGAGGAGAGCCGGGAGGGGAAGAAGGUGAAGUGA